CGAGCUGCCGCUGCAGAGGACAAGAUGGCGGGCGUGCUCAAGAAGACCACCGGCCUGGUCGGCCUCGCAGUGUCCCAGAAUCCACAUGAGCGGCUCAGGAUACUGUACUCCAAGAUCCUAGCCUCACUGCAAACCAUACCAAAAGACGCUGCCUACAGGAAGUACACGGAACAGCUGGUCAACAACAGACUGCACCAUGUCAAAACGGAGCCGGACAUUGAGAAGCUGGAGCAGAAGAUCAGCUGUGGUCAGAUCGAGGAGGUCAUUUUUCAGGCGGAGUGUGAGCUGAACCUGUCCAGGAAGAUGAGUGAGUGGAAGGCCUGGGAGCCACUGGUGGAGGAGCCACCCCCAAACCAGUGGAAAUGGCCCAUCUAAAGUUCCCCCACCCCCUCCCCUCAAUCAACUGUACAACUGCUGCUGUGUCUGCAUUUAAUGUUCUUUGUAAAUAAAUUCUUU